UGCUGCUGCCCAAAUCUUCACAGGCGGCUCAUCAACGCACUUGCAGCUCCGGGCAGAGCCCAGGAUCUGCGCGCCUGAGUGUCGGUGUGUCCGUCUGCCCUGCCUUCUGCUGGUGGCACCCCGCCCUCCUGCAGCCCCCCACCCCCCACGCCACCCCCGCGGUGAGCCCCUCCUUGCAGAAGCACAGCUCGCCUCCACCGCCCGGGAGCUCAGCAUGCGUCCCGCGGGCUUCAGGAACUUCUUGCUGCUGGCGUGCUCCCUCCUCUUCGCGGGGCUGUCAGCUGUUCCUCAAAACUUCUCGCCAUCUCUGAGAAGCGGGCCAGGCGCCACGUGCCGGCUGUCCCGGGCCGAGUCCGAGCGCCGCUGCAGGGCUCCCGGGCAGCCCCCAGGGGGCGCUCUGUGCCACGGCCGGGGCCGGUGCGACUGCGGGGUCUGCAUCUGUCACGUGAGCGAGCCGGGCGUGUACUUCGGGCCCCUGUGUGAAUGCCAGGAAUGGGUGUGCGAGACCUACGACGGGAAGACCUGCGCAGGCCAUGGUAAGUGUGACUGUGGAAAGUGCAAAUGUGACAAAGGAUGGUCUGGGGACGCUUGCCAGUACCCAACUAAUUGUGAUCUGACAAAGAAAAAAAGUAACCAAAUGUGCAAGAAUUCUCAAGAUAUCAUCUGCUCUAAUGCAGGUACAUGUCACUGUGGCAGAUGUAAGUGUGAUAAUUCAGAUGGAAAUGGACUUGUUUAUGGAAAAUUUUGUGAGUGUGAUGAUAGAGAAUGCAUAGAUGAUGAAACAGAAGAAAUAUGUGGAGGCCAUGGAAAGUGUUACUGUGGAAACUGUUACUGUGAUGCUGGUUGGCAUGGAGAUAAAUGCGAAUUCCAGUGUGAUAUCACCCCCUGGGAGAGCAAGCGAAGAUGCACAUCACCAGAUGGCAAAAUCUGCAGUAACAGAGGGACUUGUGUGUGCGGUGAAUGUUCUUGCCACGAUGUUGACCCAACUGGAGACUGGGGAGAUAUUCACGGAGAUACCUGUGAGUGUGAUGAAAGGGAUUGUAGAGCUGUCUACGACAGAUAUUCUGAUGACUUCUGUUCAGGUCAUGGACAAUGUAACUGUGGAAGAUGUGACUGCAAAGUAGGCUGGUAUGGGAAGAAGUGUGAGCACCCACGUUCCUGCCCACUGUCGGCUGAGGAGAGCAUCAAGAAGUGCCAAGGGAGCUCCGAUCUGCCCUGCUCCGGAAGGGGUAAAUGUGAAUGUGGCAAAUGUACCUGCUACCCGCCGGGGGACCGCAGGGUGUAUGGGAAGACAUGCGAGUGUGAUGAUCGCCGCUGUGAAGACCUCGACGGUGUAGUCUGUGGAGGCCACGGCACGUGUUCCUGUGGCCGCUGCGUGUGUGAGAGAGGAUGGUUCGGGAAGCUCUGCCAACAUCCCAGGAAGUGCAACAUGACGGAGGGACUGAGCAAGAGUCUGUGUGAAUCAGCAGAUGGCAUACUGUGCUCCGGAAAGGGUUCUUGUCACUGUGGAAAGUGCAUUUGUUCUGCUGAAGAAUGGUACAUUUCAGGGGAAUUCUGCGACUGUGAUGACAGGGACUGCGACAAACAUGAUGGUCUCAUUUGCACAGGGAAUGGAAUAUGCAGCUGUGGAAACUGUGAGUGCUGGGAUGGAUGGAACGGAAACGCAUGUGAAAUCUGGCUUGGCACAGAAUACCCUUAACAAUGAGAGAGGACUGGGUUCUUAUUUGUCUAGGCCAUUAGAAAUAUAAAUGCAGAGGAAACCAUGUAUAAUCACCACGAGGACAGGUCCAACAGACUGUUGUAUGUUUUUCUAUUUCUGAAAGCCCGAUGAAAUCUGGAUACCCAUUAAAAAUGAGUUAAGCAAACUCAGAUGUAAGUAACACCAGAAAAGAAAUUUUCUCCUACAAUUUACAUCAGUGGUUCUCAACAAGGGUGACUUUACCACCCAGAAAACAUCUGGCAAUGUCUACAGACAAUUCUGAUGGUCACACUGGGUGGGGUUGGAGGGUGCUCUUCAGGCGUCUAGUGGGUAGAGGUCAGGGAUACUGCCAAACCCAGCAGUGCCCAGGACAAUCCCAACGAUGAAGAAUUUUCUGACUUCAGAUGUCAUUAAUUGCAGAGUUGAGGAAAGCUGAAUUACAUGGUUGUUAAAAAUGCACAUCCCUACACAAGAAAGGCCAUUUUAGACUCGAAGAAAAAGAGCCUUACAUAAAUCCAUUGAUCAUAUGUUGCCAGGAUUCCCCAUCACUCAGUGUUUCCAUAUGGAAAUGAAGACAAACACACUUGAAGUACAAUGUUGGAUUGGGGUAGGGGGGCAGAGGCCAGAUCACCAAUGCUUUUAGUCAUUAAGUCAUUUGUCUAGUUUCACUUUAAACUCACAAAAGAAGUUCUCUUAAGAUGAAGGAAGAAAUUAUGGAAAAUGUACAAUUUAACAUUUUUAAUAAAUAGUGACGUAAGUUGUUUA